AUGAAUUCACUGUAUGCGUUCUUCAGGAAAGACAAACAUAAGUUAGAACACCUCAAGAAAGAUAUUGAUAUCGAUGACCACAAAAUACCUUUGGAAGAACUUUAUGAACGCCUUAGAACUAAUGAAGAAACGGGACUGUCAACUGAUGAGGCUGGUGAACGACUGCGUAUGUACGGACCGAACGCAUUGACACCACCGUAUCGUACACCAACAUGGAUCAAAUUUCUUCAAAAUCUAUUCGGUGGCUUCAAUAUGUUAUUAUGGGCCGCUUCUGCUGCGUCACUUGUCGGCUAUUUUAUGGAAAAGACGGAAUUUGGCGAGGAAACCAAAGCAGAUAAUUUGUAUCUGGCUAUCACCUUAGCGACGGUUGUGACUAUCACGGGAAUUUUUUCGUUUUAUCAAGAAGCAAAAAGUGGAAAUAUCAUGAGCACAUUUGCGAAUAUGAUACCCACAAUGGCCCACGUAUUUCGUGAUGGUCGGAUUACGGAUGUUCGGGUUGAAGAUGUAGUACUUGGUGAUAUCGUAGAGAUAGCUGGGGGAGAUAAAGUUCCAGCCGACAUUAGGAUCAUUAGCGCUAGAGGACUCAAGGUAGACAACUCGUCCCUAACAGGAGAAUCAGAGCCACAAACUCGAUCGAAUGAGUUCACUCAUAAUAAUCCGCUUGAAUCAAAGAAUGUUGCUAUGUUUUCCACGAGCGUACUUGAAGGAUCAGCAAGAGGAGUGGUGAUAUUAACUGCAGACAAUACAGUUGUAGGCAGAAUAGCAGCUCUCACCGCCCAAGUGUCAUCCGGACCAAGUCCUAUCGCAAGAGAAAUCAAUCACUUCAUUAACAUCAUCUCAUUUGUGGCUCUUGGCGUUGGCGUGACAUUCUUUGUGCUUGCAAUUAUCUACGGCUAUACAUUGAUUCAUGCUCUAAUUUUCUUCAUGGGAAUCGUCGUAGCAAACGUGCCAGAGGGAAUCGUUGCUACUGUCACGGUGUGUUUAACUCUGACAGCCGUAAAGAUGCGUAGAAAACAUUGUUUGGUGAAGAAUUUGGAAGCGGUCGAGACUCUUGGAUCCACAUCGACUAUUUGCUCCGAUAAGACUGGAACGCUCACACAAAAUCGGAUGACAAUCACUCAUUUAUGGUGUGACGGAUUGAUCGAUGAAGCUGAACAAUGUAUGCCAGAUGGAAAGAUUCGUGGGCGCGUAACGCACAGAAUUGAAGGCACUUACAAAUUCCUCCUGAGAUGCGCAGCACUGUGUAGUCGCAGCACGUUUAAGAAUGAAGAUUUUUCCAUACCACUCCCCCGACGUGAAGUUACUGGCGAUGCGUCUGAAACAGCAAUUCUAAAGUAUUGCGAGUUAAUUCUUGGCAACGGUGGGACAAGAAAAAUGCGGGAUAAAAAGCCAAAAGUGGCCGAGAUUCCGUUUAAUUCGACAAAUAAGUACCAGGUGUCAAUUCAUCAAAAUGGCGAUCGAUUCCUCCUGGUAAUGAAAGGCGCUGCCGAGAAAAUCCUAAAAGCUUGUUCUUCCGUGCUUAUUGAAGGGGAAGAAAGAAGAAAGGAUAAGAAAUUCGAAGAGCAAUUCAAGAAGGCGUACGAACAACUUGGCGGUUUUGGAGAGCGGGUGCUCGGUUUCUGUGACUUGGAAAUGGAUCCAGAGAAAUUCCCUUCAAACUAUGUCUUCGAUACGGAAACUCCGAAUUUUCCUCUUACAGAUUUACGAUUCCUCGGAUUUAUGGCUAUGAUUGAUCCACCGAGGCCAGGAGUUCCACAAGCCGUACAGUUGUGCCAAUCAGCGGGCAUUAAGGUAGUCAUGGUAACUGGAGAUCAUCCUAUUACGGCUAAAGCUAUUGCUCGACAAGUUCACAUUAUUUCCAGAAGAGCUAAGGUGACCGAACUUAUUGAAGAUAUUGAAGGAAAUGUUCCUGCGUUUGAACGGUAUGGUGAAGGGAGGUUGACGCCUACAAAAGCGAUUAUUGUUCAUGGCGAACAACUCAAGUUGCUCAGUGCUGAAACUCUUGAAGAAAUUGUUAGCAACUACCAGCAGGUUGUUUUCUCGCGCACAUCACCUGCACAAAAAUUACAAAUCGUUGAAGCAUACCAAAACACCAACAAUAUUGUUGCGGUGACCGGUGACGGAGUAAAUGAUGCUCCUGCAUUAAGAAAGGCUGACAUUGGAAUUGCCAUGGGCAUCGCUGGAACAGCAGUGUCAAAACAAGCGGCGGAUAUGAUCCUACUCAAUGAUAACUUUGCUUCGAUAGUGACUGGAGUGGAAGAGGGUCGUCUGAUUUUCGACAAUCUCAAGAAGAGCAUCGCUUACACACUUACGUCUAAUAUCCCUGAGAUCAUGCCGUUCAUGUGCUAUGUGAUAAUUGGAAUUCCAAUCCCACUCUCGUUAGUCGCAAUACUUAUGAUUGACUUAGGGACUGAUUUGUGGCCGGCCAUUUCGCUCGCCUACGAGGUUCCAGAAAGUGACAUCAUGCAGCGUCCACCAAGAAAUCCAGAGUAUGACAAGUUGGUGAACAUACGGCUUGUACUCUUCUCUUAUCUGCAAGUGGGCGUUUUUCAAAUGUAUGCUGGUUUUGUGACAUAUUUUGCCAUAAUGAUGGGACAUGGUUGGUUACCUAUGGAUUUGAUACAAAAACGUGAAUUGUGGGAUUGUGAAACACUUAAUGAUUUGGAAGAUAGUUUUGGACAACAAUGGAGCUAUUCUGCACGUAAAGGAUUAGAAGCGAGUUGUCAUAGUGGAUAUUUUUUCGCUGUUGUCGCAAUUCAAUGGUCAGAUGCAUUAAUUUCAAAAACAAGGAAAAAUUCUAUAGUUAUGCAGGGAACUGAGAAUCAAGUACUCAAUACAUCAUUGCUGUUCACAGUGGCUAUGGCUAUGUUCAUUACUGUAACUCCUGGUGUGAAAGAUGUUUUGAAAUUGAACGGAAUACGGUUGUGUGAUGCUAUGAUUUCUGUGUACUAUGCGUUCUUAAUGUUUGUUUAUGAUGAAUGUCGACGUUGGUACUUGAGGAAAUACCCUACCGGAUUUAUAUAUAGAGAAACAUACUUCUAA